UAUAUUCUCUCAGUCCGAGUUUCCUGCUGGCGCGCGAUUGGAUUAUUAUUCUUGUUGUUAUUAUUAUUACUGCGCUUAUUAAAAAGCACCACUUGGCAAAUACGCCGCUGAUUUCCUUCAUUUACGCAUGCGGUAAGUUAUUGCACAGGUUUGGGCAGGUUUUGUCGGUCGCUACAUCGAAUGGCUAUUGUCCUUUAAUUCAAUCAGGAGACAUUGUGUGCUGGAGGCGGGGCUACUGGGAGAGACAACACACACACACACAGCUUUUAAUAUAUUUGUAUUUGGUUCGCCCAGAAACCUCGAGCGGUGCAUGUGACGCUGGAAAAUGAGCGACUCCGAGAAGCAGACACUUUCUGUGAAGGAAAAGGACGGAGUGGAGAAGAGGGGACGAGGAAGACCGAGGAAACAUCCAAAGGAGUCCAGUGGAUCUCCGGUUCUGAAAAGGCCGAGAGGGCGGCCAAAGGGCAGCAAAAAUAAAGGACCUUCCAAGAGAAAAGCAGGAUCAUCUUCAGAAAAGAAGCUAAAGGGGAAGCCCAAGAAGGAGGAAAAGGAGGCAUCUCAGGAGUCUUCUGAGGAAGAAGAGGAGGAUGAAGAUGAGGAACAGUAACUACUUCAUCCUCAGCACUACCUCAUAAUACGACACAACCUGGCACCACUUACUAAUCUACAGCCUCUAACAACGGGAUGUCGUCCACUCAACCACCUUUGUGGGACUGACAAAUAUCAUGUCUAUAACAAUCAGUUACAUGUAAAAAAAAAAAAACGAAAAAAAGUGGAAUAAUUUUAGAAUCUGUGAAUUAGGCUGCAUAUAAGUGUUUAGUCAAUUAAUGGUGCUUACUUGGUGCUUUUCAAAUUUUGUUUUGAUUUGCUUUUUUUUUUUUUUCUUUUCAAAUGUACUUCAUGUGACGUGGAAGGUCAGGGGGGAUAUAGAAUUAGAAGAAGAACUGUUCUGACCGUGAUGUGUAGUGGUCCUAUAGUUUGUGUAGGGCUUUCUGCUUAACUGCAGCUGAUUAUAUAUAUAUUUUUUGUUCCUUUUAAAUACCCCCUGUACUGACUAGAUUUUAUCUUUAUUAGAUUGCCUUUAUUAUACAUGUUGAUGCGUGAAUAUUCACCAUUUGUUGAAGGCUAGGUGUGUGUAUUUUGCAAGAUAAACAGAUCAUGCAUUUUAGAUUUGAAUACACCAUUUUCAGUCUUUCUCACUCUGGUGUAAUAGUCGAGUAGGUGAUAGAUGUCUGAUUUCUCGUUGCAAGUACAUUCCAGUAGCAUUUUUAACACACUUGUGACUAAUUUAUGUGGACUGUUCCUCAUAUACAUAUUUUUCUUCUUCUUCUCAUUGAAAGUUUUGCCUCUGUUAACUUUUACCAACCGGUCACUUUCCUAGGGCGAAGAAAAAUACACCCAGGCGGAGAAGUCUUUUGCUCUGGCCAGCAUUAAAAAGUUAUACUUUACAGUUUAAGGAUCCACCCAAAUACUUCUGCAAGUUUACAGAGAACACCUGUGAAACAAUGCACACUUGAGCAGCUAUACCUCAGUACCAUGGCUUGUGCUCGUGGCAGGUUUGCAUAUACUGUCAGAUCAGCUUACAGGAGACGGUGUCAUUUGGAUAAUUUCAGAAUAGUCGUGAUAACUCUGCGUCACAUCCCAUCUGUCCACAUUCUCUGAUCCAUAGCAACAAUAUGCAUCAGCCACCUCAGGAAUUACAGUCCGUAGACAGCAAGCGACAGACCAAGUAGUGUUCAGAUAGCACUGAUAACUAAUGUAAAGAAUGUGUUCUUCAUUUCUGUGGAAAACAACCUUUGCUCUGUACCUAUUUUUUUAAUGCAGCUGAGGAAUUGUCUACAAGCUCUUUUUAGGCUUAUACCACGUUUGUUGAUGCCGCAAAUACCUAUUUAUUUUCACGUUUAAUUGAGAAUUCAGUUGUAUCUGUGUAGCAUGUUGUGUUGUUA